UUUUGCGAUGCUUGUCGCCGAGUGGCUGCCGAGCCCGUUGCAGUGGGCGUACCUCGUGCUGGCGCUCGCCCUCUCGUACUAUGUGCUGUCGCCGUCCCGGUCCCGGCUGCCGCCUGGCGACGCGCCCGUGCGCGGCCACGACCUCUGCUGGUUCCUCCUCGACGACCAGAUCCCGUUCAUCAUCAACGCGUUCCAGACCAUGGAUCGCAUUUCGCUGGACGAAGCGCGGUCGCUGGUGCAAGCCCGCAUGGUGGAGAAGCAGGACCGCCUCAAGCACCGCAUCGUCUACCACCAUGGCCGACCGUGCUGGAGUCCAGACGCCAACUUUAAGCUUGAGGACCACGUGUACGCUGACGUGAAUGCCAACGUGCACAACGAAGCCGAGCUCAAAGCGUAUGUGAGCCAGCACUACACGCGCGACUUGGACCGCUCCAAGCCGCUCUGGGAGAUGAUCCUCAUCGAAGACUACACCCCGAGCGAGAGCGUCCUCGUCAUGCGUUUCCAUCACGUUGUCGGCGACGGCAUCUCGCUGGUGUCGAUGAUGUUUAGUGCCGUCGACAAGGUCCCGACGCCAACCGCCGCGCCCGUCAAGGUCGGACAGACGGCCUCGAGUCUCUCGCUGCUCAAGAACGGCGGCAACAACAUCGCCGCGGCCAUUGGCCAGCUUCGCCCACGGGAUGUCUCGCCGUACCGCCCGCCGCGCGUGAGCGGCAAGAUGCGCGCUGCGUGGAGUGGCAAGGUUUCGCUCGCGGACCUCAAGUUUGUCAAAAACACAUUUGAGUGCUCGAUCAACGACGUGGUUGUCGCGUGCGUCACGGCCGGGCUGCGUGCAUACCUCGAAAAGACGGGCGGGCUCAAGGCCACGGCGCGCGUGCGUGCGAGUCUCCCGGUCAACCUCCGCGGCCCGUCGCCGAGCGCGAACCGGCAUCUCCAAAACUACUUUGGCAUUGUCUACUUUCAGUUCCCUGUGCACGAAGCCGACCGCCUGACGCGCUUGCACCUCGUCAAAGCCCGGGCCGCAUCCAUGAAGGCCUCGAUCGAGCCACAUUUGACGCUCCUCGGUCUCAGCGUCAUUGCCAAUCUCCCGCUCUGGCUCGCGCGACCGCUCCUGCAUGUCAUGAGCAGCAAAGCGACGCUCGUCUUCUCGAACGUCCCCGGUCUCCAAGAGCCGUGCUCGUUUGGCGGCAAGCGGCUCCACGAUGUGCAUUUCUUCGCACCCGGCGGGUUUCUCCCCAUCAACAUCUCGGUUCUUUCGUAUGCCCAUGGCGUCGACUGCAACGUCGGGGCUGAUGAAAGCGUCUGCGACGACCCGCAGUACAUUGCCGACAUGUUCGUGUCCGAAUUUGAAGCGCUCCACGCGCUUGCCAAAGCCCGUGCGUCGACGUAA